AUGAUCAUCAUGCUCGACCUCGACGCCCCCUUCUCCGACUCCCGCGCCUCGCGCCUGCACUGGCUCGCCACAGGCCUGACCCCGUCCUCCACCACGCCCUCCGUCUCCGCCCUCGCGAACCUCACCAUCCCGAACGCCCAGGUCUCGUACGAAGCCCCAGACCCCCCGAUCGGCGACGUAGCACACACCUACGCCUUCUACCUCAUCGGCGUGCCCGCGUCGUUUACGCCCCCGCAGGAUCUCGCGCAGAACCGCGUGCCGUUUGAUCUGGAGAAGAUGCUGCGCGACGCGGGGAUCGGCGAGGAGAGCGUCAUUGCGAGGAAUCAUUUUAGGAUUAGGGAUUUGAAGGGCACGCCGACGCAGGGGUUUCCGGGGCCUAGGGCGAGUGAGACGGGGAGGGUGGUGGGCGGGAGUGCGGGUGCGAGUACGGGUGUGAGUUCGGCGGGGCCGGGGGCGACGGGGGUUGUGACUGUGGGAGCGCAGGGGGGCAGUAGGAAGGUGGGUGUUGGGAUGGGGAUGGGGAUGGUUGGGGUGCUCGGGGCGGCGGUGUUUUUGUGA